AAAAAGAAACACACGUGUUUCUUCAACAUUAAACUCUGUAAAUUUUUGUUAUUUUAGCGAAUAAAAAUAGUAAGUCAAUAAAUGUUAAUGGAAACCUAUAUCAAAACUUGACGAGUGACACAUCAGGAUAAAUAAUCAGUAAGUGCUGUACGCAUUUAGUACAAAAGCAUGAGCCGAACUGGAUAUUUGCCAACAGCUAUAUUCUUUUACUAUUCCACCUUGAAUGGCUUAACGUCAGUUUACUACGACAGCAAAUGACAGGAAUUUGUGAAUUCAAAGUGGCUCAAGUAUUUCGUAUUAGUGCACAACAUUUUCAUGAUUCUACUAUUGCCCUCAUUAAUUAAGGAGGGGGUGCAACAUAUAUCACUACAUGACACAAAUCCAAUUACCAAGUAUCUGCUACUAGUGACGGUGUUAGUACGCAGCUUGGUCAUAAUAUGCGCUAUAGCAUUUCGCAUAAAACGUGAAUGUCGUAUGUUGCGUAUCUACCGCGAAUUGGAACAGUUGGAACGAACAUACUUUAGGCGCUACCAGGAUGCAAGCCCGUGCAAUGUUAGCAAAUUGAAUAGGUUAUUUCACGCAAGCAUAAUCAUAACUAUCUGCCACAUUGGUAUUAUAUUGUUGUCGAAUAAAGAAGCCUAUCUCAGUGGCAAAUGGGACCUGCAACUUAUGGCUGUAUAUGUUGUCCUGAUAACGAAUCUAAUGUAUGGCGUAUUUUUUCAUUAUUUUCUGGUUCUGUGGCAUAUAUGUAAACGAUUCGCUGCACUUAAUGCAAUUUUAAUGCACAUAAAUCAAAAAAUUGUGAAUUACGCUGUGAGAUGCCCUUGCAAAAGUCUGCAUGAGUUCUGUUCGGUGCAGAAACAACUUACAGACUUAGUCACUAACUUACGGGAUACGUACAAAUACGAUAUGUUCCUCUUGGUUUGUACAUAUUUCAUAAACAGCGUCACUCAGGGCUAUAUUGUUGUCUUAACGCAGAAUUGCAGGUGCGUGUACGUACCGCCAGAGCACAUUAUAUUGGGUGGUAUUGUCUAUUUUUUGCUCAUGAUGCACAUGUACAUAUUCGAUUUACUAUCAGAAAUGCCAACAAUUAUUAGUGAAGAUAUUUUUUUGGCACUCAAGUCGUUUGCUGAAAUUAAGACACAUAAUGUGGAAGUGGAAAGACACUGUAAUUGGCUUGCUUUUCAGUUAUUUAGAAAUAUUAUGAGAAUGAAUAUUUUCGGAAUGCUUAAUAUUGAUCGGAAGCAAAUAUUUUUAAUGAUAUCGCAAAUUCUUUUAUAUACUAUAUUUAUUUUACAGGGUGACUAUAAUAACAUUUGGAAGUAAAUACAAGCUAA